AUGGUGUCCUUUGUUUCAGCUAUUGAUCUUGUUGACGAAGCUGCUGCAAAGCUGAAGAUGGAGAUGACUUCUAAACCCACAGAAAUUGAUGAAAUAGACAGAGCUGUGAUCACACUGGAGAUGGAAAGGCUUUCUUUGGAAAAGGAUAAUGACAAAGCUUCUAAAGAACGGCUACAGAAGAUUGAGAAUGAUUUGACCACGCUCAAAAACAGAGAGAAAGAACUCAGUGAGCAAUGGGAGCAAGAGAAGUCUCUCGUCUCCAAAAUACGUUCAUUUAGAGAAAGGAUCGAUAGAAGUAAAAACGCUAAACGUAUUAUGUCCCUCCAAUGCCAGUUAGAAGAAGCUGAGAAGAAUCUUAUGAACUUCCGAGAGUCUGAACAGCCCCUAGUGCGAGAAGAGGUAACUGAUUUUGACAUAGCAGAGGUAAUAAGCAAGUGGACCGGUAUUCCACUGUCGAAUCUUCAGCAAUCAGAUAGAGAAAAACUUGUCAUGUUGGAACAAGUGCUCCAUGAGAGAAUAGUUGGUCAAGACAUUGCUGUCAAAGCAAUAGCAGAUGCUAUCCGUUGUUCAAAGGCUGGUCUUACAGAUCCUAACAGACCAAUAGCCAGUUUUAUGUUCAUGGGUCCAACAGGUGUUGGUAAGACCGAGCUUGCCAAGGCUCUCGCCGGAUACCUCUUCAACACUGAAAACGCAAUAGUGAGGAUAGAUAUGAGUGAGUACAUGGAAAAAUCCUCAAUCUUACGGCUCGUUGGUGCACCUCCUGGCUGUGUCGGUUACGAAGAAGGUGGACAGUUAACUGAAGCUGUUCGCAGUAGACCUUAUUCAGUGGUUCUGUUUGAUGAGAUCGAGAAAGCACAUCCUGAUGUCUUCAAUAUCUUGCUACAGCUUCUUGACGAUGGAAGAAUAACCGAUUCUCAAGGAAGGACAGUGAGUUUCACAAACUGCUUUGUGAUCAUGACGUCUAACAUAGGAUCUCACUACAUACUUCAGACUCUUCGCAACAAUAAGGAUAGCAAAGAAGCAGUUUAUGAGAUGAUGAAGAAACAAGUUGUGGAGUUAGCAAGAAAGACUUUCAGGCCAGAGUUCAUGAAUAGAAUUGACGAAUACAUUGUCUUCCAGCCGCUGGACUCAAUAGAGAUAUCCAAAAUCGUGGAGUUUCAGAUGAAGAGAGUGAAGAAUCUGUUGGAACAAAAGAAGAUAAAUCUUGAGUACACACAAGAAGCUGUGGAUCUUCUUGCUCAGCUUGGUUUUGACCCUAACAAUGGAGCAAGACCGGUGAAGAGAGUGAUUCAGGAGAUUGUAAAGAAAGAGAUCUCCUUAAAGCUUUUGAAGGGAGAGUUGGCAGAGGAAGACACUAUUCUUCUCGAUGUUGACCAGACAAACAACAAACUUGUCAUCAAGAAGCUCGAGAACAAUGCUCUCAUUGAAGAAAUGGUUCAUCAUAACUUAAGUGCUCUGUCUUCUAACACGUAUGGAUGA